AAUUUUUUUUGUUUGAAAUAAGUAAAAAUAAGGUUAAAUUCCCGCCCAUUUGAAUCCCCAAAUAAAUUCAAAUUCAAACCCAUCACUACUGAAACACAUAACGUCACAAAAAAAAUCAAGUUUCAGGAGCCUUUUCUCCAUUUUCUCUCUCCUCCUCAACUCAACAAUGGCUCCCAUCUUCAUCUUCCCCCCAAAUCUCCACUCCCUCGAAGAAGAAAACGAACGCAAUCAUCUCUCCGUUCAAAACCCUACCAACAUCGCCUCACUCCGUUCUUCCGAUCUCGAAGAAUUCGUCAAAGGCGUUUCGUUUGAUCUAUCAGAUAAGGAGUUGUUCUGUAUUGAAGAUCAAGAUGUUUUUGAUCGAGUUUAUUCUUUGGUGAAGGGUUUUUCUGCUCUUACUCCGCCGAGUAAGCUAACUAUCGUCGAAAGUUUAAGGUCGAAUUUCACUGUUCUUCUUCCGAAUAUCGAUUUGCUAUCUAGAGUGUCGCAUUCUCCUCAGAAUGAUAAUGAUGAAGAUGGUGGUGGUGGUGGUGAGGAUGGUUCUGUGGUGCACGAUCGAAUCGCUUCGCAUCGAAAUGCUUUCAAAAUCUAUACAUUCUUCCUUUUUCAAAUUAUUCAUGCCGAGGAAUCGAGUAAUGCUUCUAGUAAUAAUGCCUCCAAAACAGCAGCUAGCAGCCGGAAGAAAUUGCCAAUUAAUGCAUGGAAGUGGGAAGGACAACGAGGGCGGAUACUAACUUUGAUUGCCAAUUCACUUGAGAUUAACCUAUCGAUGCUCUUUGGAUCCUCAGAUCCUGAUGAGAAUUACCUUUCGUUCAUUGCAAAGAAUGCAUUUCUCUUGUUUGAGAAUCCUCUACUGCUGAAGGAUUCUGAUGCUAAAGAUGCUUUGUGUCGCAUUAUUGGGAGUUGUGCUACCAAGUACCACUACUUGGCACAAAUAUCUGCCUCUAUUAUUCAUUUGCUACACAAGUAUGAUUUUGUUGUCACUGCAAUGGCUGAUGCUGUGGCCGGGGCUGAAAAGAAGUAUGCUGAUGGAAGCUUGGCUACCUCUAUUAUUAGAGAAAUUGGUAGGGCAAACCCAAAGAGUUUCGCCAAGGAUACGGCUGGUGCAGAAAAUAUUGGGCGCUAUCUUGUUGAGCUCUCUGAGAGAUUGCCAAAGUUGGUGUCAACAAAUAUUGGCAUUUUAGUCCCACAUUUUGGUGGGGAAUCUUAUAAGAUCAGGAAUGCACUUGUAGGAGUGCUUGGAAAGUUGGUUUCUAAAGCUUUUAAAGAUGACGAAGGUGAGGUGAGUUCAAAGUCAGUCCGGUUACGAACUAAGCAGGCUAUGCUAGAAAUUUUGCUAGAGCGAUGUCGUGAUGUUUCAGCCUAUACUAGAAGCAGGGUGCUUCAAGUUUGGUCUGAACUGUGUGAAGAACAUUCUGUUUCAAUUGGUCUAUGGAAUGAGGUGGCCACAUUGGCUGCUGGGAGAUUGGAAGACAAAAGUGCUAUUGUUAGAAAAUCUGCUUUAAAUUUACUCAUUAUAAUGCUGCAGCAUAAUCCAUUUGGGCCUCAACUUCGUAUAUCAUCGUUUGAAGCAACACUGAACAAAUACAAGAGUAAGCUAAGUGCUCUUCAGCCAGAGGAGAAUGAAAAAGCUGAUACUGACGGAGUGCCAUCUGAUAGAGAUGACUGUAAUGGGGAUGGUGAUAUUGAUAAUGUUAACGCUGAACCUAGAUCUGAUGAGCUGCCGAGUAGCGUAACAGAUAGCUAUUUGUCCCAAGUUGAAGAACAGACUGUUCUGAAAGACAAUUCUGUUCCUGAUGUUGGAAAUGUGGAGCAGACCAGGGCUCUAGUUGCUUCUCUUGAGGCUGGCCUGAGUUUUUCGAAGUGUCUAUCUGCUACGAUGCCAACACUUGUUCAACUAAUGGCUUCAUCCUCUGCCACAGAUGUGGAGAACACUAUACUCUUGCUCAUGAGGUGUAGACAGUUUCAGAUUGAUGGAUCAGAAGCCUGCCUUCGCAAGAUGUUGCCUCUGGUUUUUUCUCAGGACAAAGCCAUAUGUGAGGCUGUAGAGAAUGCUUUCAUCACCAUUUAUAUUACAAAGAACUCUCUGGAAACUGCUAAGAAUCUUCUAAAUCUUGCGAUAGAUUCAAAUAUUGGAGAUCUUGCGGCUUUGGAGUCCAUAAUUGGUACUUUAGUGUAUAAAGGGGAUAUAUCUUCUGGAACGAUUUCUGCUUUGUGGGACUUCUUUUGCUUUAAUUUACCAAGAACUACCGCGGAGCAGUGUCGUGGUGCCUUAACUGUUCUCUGUAUGGCUGCAAAAUCAUCAAGCGAAAUUCUAGGUUCUCACUUACAGGACAUUGUUGAUAUUGGAUUUGGCCGAUGGGCAAAGGUGGAUCCCUUGCUUGCAAGAACUGCUUGUCAUACUCUUCAAAGGUUAUCUGAAGAAGAUAGGAAAAAGCUUCUGGCAAAUAACGGGGGUCGAAUCUUUGGUACAUUAGAGAGUCUAGUAACUGGUUCUUGGCUUCCAGAAAACAUCUGGUACAGCGCUGCUGAUAAAGCAAUAGGUGCAAUAUAUACACUUCAUCCAGCUCCAGAUAUUAUUGCUGCCAGGAUGGUAAAAAAAUCUCAGACUUUUGUGUUCAAUUUUGGUGAUUCUGGUCCUUUGCAGCAUGGUACGGAGAAUGAAAAUGGAACUGUUAAUGCCCCCAACACUGUUCAAGCUGGAAAACUCAGUAGAUUUUUGUUUGUUAUAAGCCACGUUGCCAUGCAUCAGUUAAUGUUUAUAGAAUCUUGUGUUAGAAAGAUUCAGAAACAGAAGGCAAAGAAGGAGAGGGAGAAUGUUGACGGUAGCGGUUUAACACCUGAUGCUUCCAAGGAGAGUGGUAUAAAUGCUGAAUUAGGUGUUGCAGCCUCUGAUGAUGCAAUACUUGACUCAUUAGCUGACAAGGCGGAGAGAGAAAUUGUAGCUGGUGGUUCAAAUGAAAAGAACUUGCUAGGAUACUGUGCACUUUUUCUUUCAAAGCUCUGCAGAAACUUAAGUUUGAUGCAGAAGAAUCCGGAGUUGCAAGCAGCUGCUAUGCUUGCUCUGUGUCGUUUUAUGAUCGUCGAUGCAGCUUUUUGUGAAACAAAUCUCAGGUUACUGUUCACAGUUGUGGAUAGUACAUCAUCAGAAACUGUCCGAUCAAAUUGCACCAUAGCUCUUGGAGAUUUGGCUGUCCGUUUUCCUAAUUUACUUGAACCUUGGACUGAGCACAUGUAUGCCAGGUUGCGUGAUCAGUCAGUUUCUGUCAGGAAAAAUGCUGUUUUGGUGCUUUCACAUCUUAUCUUGAACGAGAUGAUGAAGGUCAAGGGCUACAUAUACGAAAUGGCUGUGAGAUUGGAGGAUGAAGAUGAAAGAAUUGCAAACCUGGCCAAACUCUUCUUUACUGAGUUAGCAAAGAAAGGAUCAAAUCCAAUAUAUAAUCUACUACCUGAUAUACUUGGCAAGCUUUCCCAACAGAAUCUAAAGACAGAAUCAUUCUGCAACAUUAUGCAAUUCUUGAUUGCUUCCAUUAAAAAGGAUAAACAAAUGGAAGGCUUAAUUGAGAAGCUUUGCAACCGCUUUAAUGGGGUUACAGAUGGUAGUCACUUGGAAUGCCUUGCAUAUUGCCUUUCUCAGUUGAACUUUACUGAUAAGGGAAUGAAAAAGCUUAUAGAGUCCUUUAAGACAUAUGAACAUGCAUUAUCUGAAGAUUCUGUUCUGGGCCAUUUCAGAAGCAUAAUUAACAAGGGGAAGAAAUUUGCAAAACCAGAAUUGAAAUCAUCUAUUGACGAGUUUGAAGAAAAGCUCAACACGUUUCAUUUAGAGAAGAAGGAGCAGGAGGUCACAGCACGAAAUGCAAAAGCCCACAAAGACAGAAUUGACAACUUUGAAAGCCUUGCAGUUGCUAGUAAGGCCAAACAAGAAAAUGAAGAUGUUUCUGUAACUGAAGAUGGAACAGAUGAUGAGGUCAUUAACCCUUCUACAGGGCCCUGUUCUAAUGAUGUUACAACAAACACUGAUGGACUAGAAGAAGUUUGUUCCUCUGCUGCCAGUGAAGCAACAAAAACAAAGGCUUCUGCAGGACCACUAUUGAAUGAUGUUGUAACACCAGAUGCUAAUGGACUAGAUGAAGAUUGUUCCGCUAUUACCAGUGAAGCAACAGAGGCAGAGGAUAGUGGUGAAGUACUGUCUCCAAUAGUUAAUCAAAGAGAUGUGUCGAAUUCUAGAGCUCGUAAAUCAAAGUCAAAAGAUCAGAAGGUUUUAAGCAACGCAUCAGUUAGGACUAGGAGCACAAGAUCAAAGCAAAGGUGAGGAAGCAGAUGAUUUACUGUCUAACUUGCUGACGACUAAUUGAAAACCUCUUUUGGCUAAUAGAAGGAAGAGGCCCUGCAUAUGUCUAUCUGCUGCUGUUGGCUUGUAUUUUUUUGUUGUAAAUAGUUCAUUUGCAAGUAAGUUGUAACAAUCUAAGAUGAUUGAGGUUGGAGACUUGGAGAUCUCCUCCACUAGUCCAUAUUCAAUAUAAGGGGUGAAAUAGGGGACUAAAAUGCAAGGGGGGGGGGAAAUAAUUUUUUUGUAUAAUGUAUGUGUACAAUGAAAUGUAAUCCAAAUAUCAAUAUUACUUGGGCCAAUUUUCAUAUUUGGAACACGUUCUUAUGGGAUGUUUUCGCGUCACAUAACCUUUUGUGGAAGAUAUACAUUAAAUUAUGAUGCACACGCAAUAUUUGAAACUUAAAUGUAUAUAUAUAUAAUAAAAAA